AUGUAUCUCACCAUCAGCCAUACUACGCUAUCACGCACAGAGCGUGAUAGCGUAGUAUGGCUGAUGGUGCUCUGCGACAAACACGGGAACGCUAUUUGGCUGAAUGAGCGUGAAUGCUCUAUCCAGCGUAGAAAUCAGAAGGUGAUUGAAGAAGCCCCAAGCAGUUUUGUCAUUCCAGAGAUGCGGCGCAAGAUGGGAGAGCAAGCAUGUCAGCUAGCGUUGGCUGUGGGUUAUGAUUCUGCAGGUACUGUAGAGUUCCUUGUCGACUCAAAGAGAAACUUUUAUUUCCUGGAAAUGAACACACGUCUUCAGGUCGAACAUCCGAUUACUGAGUGUAUCACUGGAAUCGAUAUUGUGCAACAAAUGUUGCGAGUCGCUUACGGACACAAGCUUCCACUCACUCAGGAUCAAGUUCCGCUGAAGGGAUGGGCUUUCGAGAGCAGAGUUUAUGCUGAAGAUCCGUACAAAGGUUUUGGUUUGCCAUCGAUUGGCCGUCUAUCUAAAUAUGUCGAACCUCGUCACGUUGCCGGUGUACGCUGCGAUUCCGGCAUUCGGGAGGGAUCUGAGAUCUCGAUCUACUAUGAUCCACUCAUUUGCAAGCUCGUCACUCAUGGUGAUGAUCGUCACCAAGCCCUAGAACGCAUGGUCGAAGCUCUUGAUAACUACGUCAUUAGAGGUGUGACAAACAACAUUCCUCUGCUCCGCGACAUUUGUCAAGAAGAGCGGUUCCGAGCUGGCAACAUAACCACCAAAUAUCUCCCCGAAACGUAUCCCGAAGGUUUCCAAGGAGCUACACUAAAUCAGGAAGAAGAGGAGACUAUUAUUGGCGUCGCAUCGGCACUGAAUGCUCGAAAGCUUGCACGUGCAAAUAAGUAUUUGAACCAUACACGACAGACUUCCACUUCUAUUGACCCUUUCACUACACACUACAGGUACUGCUCAGUUUUUCCUUUUCUUAAUGUAUGCGCGUUUAUGUUUCUUAUUUGA